GUCCCAGGCUCUGCAGUGUGUGUCGUGCGCUCUCUGCACUCACAGAGGAGACGUGAUGGCCGCUCACCUCAUGGAGCAGCAACAACACACCUGCAUGGUGGUAACACACAAAGACACACACUCAGGGCUGUGUGAGUGUGUGGAGGACAGUGACACAGCUCAGAGACUGACACACACACCUGCUGCUUCAGACGACGGGAACAACCAAGACGCAAUAGACAACAGUGACAGUGUGACAUCACUUCCUGUUCGGACCAGAGCCUUCGUUCCCGUCCAGCUUGGCCCCGCCCCCCUCGGCUCCGGCCAGCUGUCAGUCAAGCCUCUCCCGUUGGCCCCGCCCCCGGCCCCGCCCCCCCCUCCCGCCAUGACCAUCAGGGUGGGCGGUCCGCGCCGAUGGGACCCGGACCAGCCGGAGCUCCGCCCCCUGUCCCGGGCCCAGCUGGCCGUGGUGCUGUCCUCGCUGUGCCACGGCGUCCUCCAGGCGGCGCUGCGGUCCCGCCUGUCCCCGGAGACCGUCCGGUUCUGGACGGAGCGGCAGCGGCGCAGCCUGCUGCACAGCAAGUGUCUCUCGGGGACGGACGAGAUGACCGAGGUGGUCCUGAGACACCGGGAGACGCAGAUGAGGCUGGACGAAGACGUCCUGCUGCGGAUCGCAAGGACCGCCAUGGACAAGGAGCCGCAGACGGAGGAGGGACAGACGGAGGAGGGACAGGACGGACAGACGAAUGAGGGACACGAACAGGACGGACAGACGAAUGAGGGACAGACAAAUGGGGUACUGGGCGGACAGACGAAGGACACACAGGACAGAGAGACAAGCGAAGGACAGGACAGAGAGACGAAUGAGGGACAGAUGGAGACGACAGCGCCUGAGAGGGAGGACGAGGAGCUGCUGUCCUGCUAUAACUGGACGGUGGACUUCAUGCUGAGACGAGGACUGGGACUGGACGGUCCCCCCAGAACCCUGACCCGGACCCUGAGGACGUCCAGCAGAGCCUUCGUCCACACCCUGAGCUCCGAGAUCCAGGCCGGGCGGCUGCCCCCCCAGGCCGUGGCCUGCCUGGACGAGUUCCCGGUCUUCGUGGACCAGCAGCGGUACCGGGAGCGGGACCGGCUGGCCCUGCAGUUCUGCGCGGCGGGCGGAGAGCCCCCCCUGCUGGACGUGGUCCUGGCGGCACUGCGGGACGGGACCCUGCUGCCCCCCCUGCUGUGCUUCAGCGGCUUCCCGGUCCCGGUUCCCCCCGGGUUCCCUGACAACGUGGUUCUGGAAGCCCGCCCGCACGGAUUCACCCCCCAGGACCGCCUGAGCGUCUGGGUCCAGAAGGUGUGGCGGCGGCACGUGGCGUCCCGGGUCCAGGGCCCAUCCAUCCUCAUCCUGGACCCGCACAGAGGACACCAGAGCCUGCAGUUCCGGUCCAGCCUGUCCCGCUGGUCCACCACGGUCCACUACGUCCCCCCAGGAUGCUGCUCCAGCCUGCAGCCGCUGGACGUGUGCCUGGCGCCCGUCCUCCGAGACUUCCUGCAGGCCCGCUGGACCCAGCUGGUGACGGACGGGGGUCUGGAGGGUCUGGGUCUGGACCAGCUGGCUCUGACUCUGGCCUGCUGGGUCAGUGAAAUCUCCUCCGCUCUGACCUCAGAGACACACUUCCUGUCCAGGUCCUUCAGCUCGGUGCUGGACCUGCAGACGAUCCACGAUCCGGCCGAGGCAGAGCAGAUGAUCGCAGACCUGACCCGAGCUGUGGUCCAGCCCCUGGAGACCAGAGAACCCGGAGAGGGAGCCAGACCGGGACCGGAAUUAGGACCGGAACCAGGACCGGGAGUCCAGGUUCUGCAGGAGGUCCCUGCUGAGACGGAGCUGGUCCCUGGCGGUCCCUCGGCUCCUCCCAGAGGAGACAGCGACUCGGAGUCCCUCCACGGCUUCCUGCAGGACUGACGGCGCCCCCUGCAGGCCGUCCUGACCCACGCUUCGGGGUGUUGAACCCCAGUUUGACCCUCAGUUUUCUACUCAAG